GAAGAAAACAAUCGACGACAACGUCAACCAACGUCAACGAUAAAAAAUUGAGGAAAAAUGCUCCAAGCACAAGGUCUGUUGAAUCCCAGCAAGGAGAACUCGCGCAUUGCUUGUAAGAGAUGCGGCUACACGGGUCAUCUCACCUUCCAGUGCCGUAACUUUGUGAGGGUCGACCCAGAGCGUGAUGUGACCCUUGACAUCAGUAGCACCAGCAGUGAUGACAGCGAAGAGGAUGCGGCUAUGAUGCCGGCUUUACCACCAAAACCAAAAGAUGAAGAUGCACAUAAAAACGAUAGAAGUGAAAAGAGGAAACAUAAAAAGAGGAAGAAACGGGAAAGAAGAAGUCAUUCCAAAGCAACACACUCCUUAGAUGAUGACAGCGAGAGUUCUUCCGAAGACGAAAGGUAUCAUCGCCACAAAAGACGCAAGCACAAGAAAAGAUCGAGACAAGAGACCUCAAGUGAAGAUGAAGAUACAUCAGAAGACGAAAGACAUAGGCGACACAAGAAGAAAAAGAAACACAAAAAGCACUCGCGCCAGGAAACUAGUUCCAGUGAAGAAGAAGACGAAGAUAGUUCUUCGGAAGACAGUGAGGAGGAGGAAAGAAGAAAGCGCAAGAAAGAGUCAAGACACCAUAAGAAGCAUAGGAAAGAGAAAAAACACCAUAAAGACAUGAAACAUAAAUCAAAGAAGAGACAUAAAAGAGAGAGGUAACAGUAAUGUUUAGUAGGGUAGCGAAUUGUCCUAUAGAAUUGUGCCAAUGUCUGUAGGAUUUUUUUAAUGCAAUCAUAGACGAGGUAAAGAUCAAGUGUCCUGUGUCAUAAAGAUUUGUAAUAAUAAUAGAUUCACCAUUUCUAUAACAAAUUUGCUACUAUCCAAUCAAAUUGAAUGAUAUCAAUAGCUUUUAACUGUUAAUUGCUUAGCUUAAACUGUUAUUGCAAGUUUGUUAUUAUAACAAGUUUUAUGAAACAGGCCCCUUUUCCUGCCUUAGGAAAAGUUUUGAUUGAUCCAAUUCCAUAUCAAUUUUUUUUAUUUAUACUUUACAACCAUAGCAAGAUUUCUGGGAUCAUGCAACCUUUAAAACUUGUUUCAACCCCGUCUUACGCAGAGUUGUGAUUGAUCUGAUCAAUCGCAACUAUGGACGGCCAGCAACG